GAACGCCUGCUCGAGCUUUUCUCUCAUCAGUUGUCGGCAAACCGUCUAGAGUAUCGGAUCGGUCUGGCCGUACGUUGACUCGUUUCCCUCACCGCACCACUUGAAAAUAAAACGAUUAAUUAAAAACCAUCUCCGAAAAAAUAAAAUAAAUUCAAAACCCCCUGAAAACGUCUCGGAAAUAAUUUAUAAAAAUGAUAAAUAUCUAGAUUAAAUUAUUACGAUUGGGACAACGAAAUUAUCCCAGUGUAAUGUUGACUCACGACACCCAGAGAUUCUCGAAUUAUUCGAAUAACUGACGGCAAGUUUAUUUUUGUUAUGCCAACGCGCCAAUUCCAUCAUCGUUCGCUCUCUGAAUAGGUGAAUUUAGUGGCUGGAAGGUACAUUGCAAAACAAACAAAAAUAAAAACAAUAAUCAAUCAUGUUGCUAUUGAAUCGUUGGAAAUUGAGACAAGGGACAUCGAGAACGUGCAUUUUAGUGGGAUAUGGGGCUGUAACAGCAAUUGAACGAGAGUCUUGAUGCCGGAAGGCAGAGCAAUUCACCAGAGGAGGUUUCAAUUUAAUUCCUUGAGAGUAGAAAAAUCCCACGACCAAAUACUAUUCAGUAUUGCAAUAGAAGUUCCUGGAAAAAUCAAUCACAUCGAAUGGGCAUAAAAGCAUCACGUGGAUUCAUUGAUGCGUCAAGUUUGAAAUUCUCUAGAAAUUCAAUCCAGAUGAAAGAGUUCAUCGAGUGACAAUGGACAACCUCCGACAAAUUCAACAAUAAUAUUCAACUCCACAGGAUGUUUGCAUAUCAGUGAAUCAGAGGAGGAAUUUACGCGCAAGCCCGUAAAGAGGGGAAAUAAAUAUUUCGACGUGGAAUGUGGUACACGUGCGUGAAAUAUUGAACACAGGUGAUAACCAAUCUGGCGGCAUUCGUUACAAUGGGGACAAACGAUAAAGGGGAUGCUGAUGUAAUAUGCGUCAAAGAGGAUAGCACACGUGAGGAUCGUGAGCUGACAUGUCGAGAGCAGAUGGGCCAAUCACAACCGACCCUACAUACAGAUAGAGUCUUCAAGAGAUAUCUACCAAACAACAAACUCCGGCUCUACAUCAUCAAUCGGGAUUUAGUCGUAUCUCAAGGUAAAAUCGAUAAGCUCCUGGGUGUGAUAGUCGUCGAGCCUGAUUAUGUCCGUGACAAGAGGGUGUACGCACAAAUAACAUUGACUGCUCGGUUGAGUCGAGAGGAGGAGGAAGUGAUGGGAGUUAAAUUUUGCAACGAAAUACCAUUCUGCUUUACCCAACUAUAUCCACCAUAUUCCCAUGAUGAUCAGCCUCCAGCUAUGACACCAGUCCAGGAAGCACUUAUCAGGAGUCGAGGGCCGAAUGCCUAUCCGUUUUCCGUGGAAGUGCCGGCAGUUGCACCACCAUCCAUCCGACUACGUCCGCCCCAAAAAUAUAAUGGUGCACCUCUGGGUACGAGCUAUGAAUUCAGAGCCUGGGUUGCUGAACGUGCGGAUCAGCGGUCUGAUGAGAGUAGCACAGUACGAAUGGGUAUAACUGUGAUACAGCGAGGUCUUCCAACCCCUCGACCCAUUAGUAAACUAUGUGAAAAGCCAGGAUGUAUGACGGAAUCAACUGCCACAUCACCUGUAUCAGAGGAGCCACCGGCACCACCAACGGCAGUUGUAAAAAGGCGUCUGCUGUUGACUGAAGGAUCAAUCAGACUAGAGGCACGAUUGGAUCGUGCUAUUUAUGCCCAUGGGGAUUCAAUAUCCGUCCAUGUCUAUAUCGCUAACGAUAGUCACAGAUCUGUCAGAAGAAUUGAGGUACUGGCACUUCAGCAUGUAGAGGUUUGUAUGUUCAACAAUGGGAUAUUCAAGAAUACUGUGGCCUCUGAGUUGGAGCAGGACAAUUGUCCACUUGCGUCAGGAUCAACUCUGACAAAGACAUACAGUCUGCGUCCAACUGAGGGCUCACCAAAACACUGGAUUGCUCUGGAAGAGACUUAUACGAGAACCGGGACAAGUCUAGCCUGCACUGUCAGAUCCUCGGAAGUCAACGAAAAGGACAGAAGUCCGUAUUAUGCCAUCAACGUAUCCUAUUACGUCCAGGUGAAACUUCUCACGUCCCUCAUGUGCGAGAAAAUCUCAGUGAAAUUACCGUUUACCCUGAUACAUAGGGGCGCUGAGUCUGAAAUAAUGACUUUCUCCACAAGUCCUAGAGAAAUUCCUGGGCAAACGCCCACACAAGGUAAAAACGAUGCCAGAACACAUCGCAAGGUGGGAGAAAUUAAUGAGAAAAAACGUGAUCCGAUACCCGAUGUGGAGCUUAUAAAAAACAUCGACCCCAAAGAAAGCUGAGGGCAGGAUAGCUCAUCUGGAGUACAACACCGGGAUAAAUGUAGAAAUCAAAUAAAAAAUCCCAGGAAUUCAGAUAGCACGAGCUGCCAAUCGGGUUUUAGCUUGCAAAGAGCUUGCUGUUGCUUUUGCAGGACCUCGUAGUGCAUUUGAACUGAUGGAAAGAGAUCAGUCUUUCCAUCAGUUCGAGGCUUUAAUUUCCAUAUCAAACAUUGUUUUUUUUUUUCAUUCGAAAAAGAGAAAUACUUCUCAUGUACGUCAAUUGAAUUCAUAAUGAAUACUUAAAUAUCUAAUCGUAAUAACGAAUUGUGACACUUUCUUCCGCUAAAAGCUUAUUCCAAUGCUGUUCAUUCUACAAUAAGUGAUUUAAAUUUCUGUACAGAUUUGAGAGGAAAAGAGAAUUAUUGUAAUCCAAAUACAUUUAUGUGAAUAUAAUAUUGUAUAUACAAGA